UCAUGAUGUUUACAUCUGUUUCUUACAUCUGCAGGGGAAAUGAUAACUGAAUCAGUAUCUGAUUAGGAUUCUGAUAAAGACACAGCACAGCCACAAAGUGCUAGAGAGACAUUAAUGUCAUCACUGUAACAGAACAGGAGCUUUAAUAUCUUUCUGAAGUGGAGUUGGUGUGGAAUUCUGUGAGUGUGAACUGAGGAUGAAGAUCCUCCUCAUCUUCACCCUCUGCUUGAUCUCAGAUGGAGGAGCCUCCAAGGAAGUAACAGGAUAUUCAGGAGGAGGAGUCCUUGUCAAGUGCAAGUAUGAUACAAAAUACACACAAAACCCAAAAUAUUUCUGUAAGGGUUCACCUCUAUUCUGUUCUGACCAAAUAAAGACAGGAGCGAAAAACACAUCGAUAAAUUUAGGAAGAUUCUCACUGUUCGAUGACACCAAAUCAGCAGAGUUCAGGGUGAUGAUCAGGGAGCUCACUGUACAGGACACUGGGACGUACCAAUGUGGAGUUGAUAUACCUAAAGAGAUAGACAUUUAUACAUGGGUGGACCUGGAGGUAAAGGAAGAUCUGUCCUAUGAGAAGUCCAUCAGUAAGACUGUUCAUGUAGGAGGAGAUUUGAACAUCAGUUGUAAAUACCCAGAAUCCAUCAGAAGUGGCCCCAAGUUUCUCUGCAAGACGAAGCUGCAACAAGCUGCUUAUUUUUAUAAAGAAUCUGUUAAAGAAAGCAUAAAGGAUGGAAAUGGCACCGAUUCGGUGGAAUGGCUUGGGGAAUUCUCCCUGUAUGAUGACAGACCAAAACAAAUCUUCACUGUCAGUAUUAGAAAUGUGACUGAGCAGGACUCUGGUGAAUACUGGUGUGGAGCUGAAGCAGCCUGGACAACUGAUCAUGGAUACAAGGUUUAUUUCACACGAAUCAACUUGAUAGUUACUGCUACAUCAUCAUCACCACCAUCACCACCAUCUUGGCUUCCACCAGCUUCUUCUCCACCAGGAUUUUCAGCUUCCACUGUGAUCCCUGUGUUUAUGAUUGUGCUGCUACUUCUGAUUGGAAUCAUAUUCCUCAUUGUGAUUCUCCAAAUAAAAUGCACAAUGAAAGCAGGAACAGCUUGUAUUUUCAGGAGUUCAGUCCAACAUUCACAAAACAACCAAAUGGUUCCUCUUGAUGUCUGUGAUUAUGAGGAGAUUAGAGACACCAGAAAACGUUCUGCCUCAGAUGCUGCAACUUCCACAGUUUACACUACUGCUCAACUACCAGCAGUCCCCUCUGAUUCUCAAAAUAUUUAUGCCAACAUGGUCUUACACACAGGUUACUGUGAGUCGAUGUAUUCUACUCCUAAACUACCAACAAACCAUCCUGAUCAAGACAUCUAUUCCACUGCUCAGUUACCCACAAAUCUGUCUGAUUCUUCAGUUUUCUGAGAAAUCUGCUGAAGGAAUCUGAUGAAGCAUGUUUUCACUCAAAUACCACAAGCGCUACACUGCAAAAAAUGAUCUCUUGUUGAGAAAAAAUA